GUGCGCGCGGCAUGCAUCAGCUCGGGCUUCUUUUACGUUUCCAACCAUGGGGUCGCCGAGUCCCUGGUGUACGACACCUUCCAGCAGCAGCGGGCGCUGUUCGCGUUGCCUCUGGAGUCCAAAAUGGCGUUACUGCAAAAUGAAAACAACCGGGGUUACACGCCGUUCAGGGAGGAGACACUGGAUCCCGCACACCAGAAACAUGGCGAUACGAAGGAGGGCUUUUAUUUCGGCCGUGAGAUUCCUGAGGAUAGCGAGGAGGUGUCGAAACCCCUGCAUGGACCCAACCAGUGGCCGGACCCGCAACUGCUGCCGAGGUAUCGGGAGGUGACCUGGCAGUAUUACGAAGCCCUUUACGGUCUCGGCAUGCGCCUGCUACGCUUGGUGGCUCUGUCUCUGGAUCUGCCCCCGGACUACUUCGCGGCGGCGUUCGACCGGCCCAUGGUGGCUCUGAGGCCGCUGCACUACUCGGGGGAGCGGUCUGACCCGGGGGCGGGGGUGUUUGGGGCGGGCGCCCAUUCGGAUUACGGCAUGCUCACCAUCCUUGCCACGGAUGACGUCCCCGGGUUGCAGGUGGGCGGGGCGGGGGGGAGAGGGAGAGCUGGGGGAAACCGGCGGUGGUGGGAUGUGGAGCCGAUCCCAGGUACCUUUAUCAUCAAUUUGGGGGACAUGCUCGAGAGAUGGACAAACGGCCGCUACCGGUCCACUCUCCACCGGGUGAUCAACACCACGGGGCGGGAGCGCUACUCCAUCGCCUUCUUCUUCGAACCCAACUUCGACGCCCAGGUUGUGGCACUGCCCUGCUGUUGCGGCCCCGAUAACCCGCCGCGGUACCCGCCCACCACGGCUGGACAGCACCUACUGGACAAGUAUGCUGCCACACACGCUGGCUACCAUGGCCCGGGGCAGAAGCAGCAGACGCAGGAGAAACAGGCUUAG